UUUUAUAAAAAAAUGAAGUUCGCGCGUUAAAUAAAACUUUGUAAUAACAAGGAAUAUAGUAGUCAUUUGGUUUACCAAAAAUAAUUUUAAAUAUUUAGAAAGUGGCAUUGAAACCUCUUAGUCGCAGUUUUUAAACAGAAAGCAUUAAAAUAGUCAGAGUGUCUCGUCUGAUUUGUGCCAGGUUUCACCCACACUUCCGGUAAGUUGCACGUUUCAAGAAAAGGAAGGGACGAGGAAACCCAACUCCGGAAACAUUGGGCUCUGCCGAAUAUUUAAGGUUUAGUAGAAUUUUGCUAGUAAUAUGGCAGAUGGAGCACCAAAAAAGGUUCAGGAGUACAAAGAUUCUUUAAAAACCAAGGCAGAAGAACUAAUUUUAAAAGGUUUUCCAAAGAAGAUCGUGGAGUUGAAUGAUUUGCUGGAAACAGCUCAAUUUGGAAGGACCGAUCUCUCUGAAGUUCACCAGCAACUUAACAUUCCAGUUCCUGAACCCAUUGCUGUCAACAGUCAUGUUGAUGCUCCAGCCAAUAAGAAAUGGAAGUAUGACAACAACAUGGAAGAUGUGGGAGGCACCAAGGUGAUGGCUCUUCCAAGUGGGGCAGUGCCCUGCAAUAAGCAUCUCUGUGACCUGGUGUUGGUUGUGAAGCCACAUAUUCGGCAACUUGUGGAAGAUGCAAAUUUGCUUAAGAUGUGGAUAUCUUUUAUGAUUCCAAAAAUUGAAGAUGGAAACAAUUUUGGUGUUUCUAUUCAAGAAGAUACCCUGGCUGAAAUCCAGUCAGUUGAAUCUGAAGCUGCUGCCUUUUUUGAUCAAAUAUCACGAUACUUCUUGUCGAGAGGGAAGAUAGUAUCAAAGGUUGCAAAGUAUCCUCAUAUUGAGGAUUAUCGAAGAGCUGUGCAAGAAUUGGAUGAGAAGGAGUACCUGAGUCUUUGGUUGGUGAUGUGUGAAGUCCGAAACCGCUACUGUACAUUACAUGACAUUGUCAUUAAGAACUUGGAGAAGUUAAAGAAACCACGCACUUCCAAUGCUGAUUCCCUGUACUAAAAAGGAGUUCCAGAUGUUGACCAGUGUUAGGCUGCACCUGACAGUUUCUGAAGUAAAAGCUAAACUAUUGAUGUAUCGAGAUAUAAAAUGUGUUGUGAGAAAAGAUGAUUUCUAAGAAUGAUCUUCAGUAAGUAAAACAAAAUAAAGCACAGGUGAUACCCAUUUCUGUGUAAUUAUUUUUCAGUUAAAUUUUUUCUCCUCUUUGAGAAGGAUAUUAAUUACAUGACUCGUAUUUGAAACACAUGAAGUGGUAAAUGAUGGAAUGUAUUUUUGUACACUUCCUCAUGGCAGCAGAGAGCAUGUGUUUGCUGUAUAUCAGAACACCAUCUUAGGCUGUACUUAUUAUUGUUCAUGUUCUUUUAUGCUUGAGGUAUUCUCGUAUUGUGUAGUGGAAUGACGAAUUUUGCAUGUUUAUGAAAUUUGCUGUGCAGUGUAAUUUCUAGUUGUGCUGCUUAGCAUUUGAAGUCAUGUUCCUAGUAUGGUUUGAUUGCUGACGUUUGCUCUAAAGAAGACAAUUAAUGCCAUGUUUUAUUUUUUUAAUUGGAUUAAUUUCCAAAUUUGAUUUUUGUUUUGCUUUUGAAGUUACAUAAAUUAUUUAAAGUUGGUGACUGAACAUAUCAAAAGAAUAAUGAAAAAGUGACAUUGGUUUCCAUGUGUGUUUUUAUUCUUAUUUUAAUUGAAAUUGCAAAUAUAUUACUGUGAUGAAACUUUUCUGUAUUCAUGAAUUACUGUGAAUGAAUUGAUCUCUAUUUAUACUAUAAUAUGCAUAAGAAUAAUAGCACUAAGAAGAGAACUCAAAUGUAACGUGCUAGUUUUUAUUGUGAAUGUUAAAGUGUCCCUUUAUGAUUUGAUCAUAAGACAUUACCAGUAUUCUAGGAAAGUAGGGUGAAUUACAUGAUAAAUCAGUCUUUUGCCUGAAUUUAAGCAACUCCAAUUAAACCUUUUGAGAUUUGACUUUAGUUUUCAUUUUUGCAUGUGAAUGAAAUGGCUGUCAUGCUGUUAAAGUUCCCUUUGUUUUGAUUGUAAAUUUUUGUUCUGUGCUGUAAAAUCGGUCAUUGUUAAUACCUGUGAAUGAUAUUUAAUCUUUUUUGCACCUUUUCAAAAGCUGGUUCUUUAUUGGUAGCUUGAAAGGUUUCAACAUUUACAGGGAUUAUUGAAAAUGCACUUCAGAGUGCUAAUAAUUGGCACAUUAAUAUUAUUUUAAAAGAUGUUUUUGGAAUUUUCAAGAAGUACUUCUUUGUACGAGUUGCCAUUAGUUUUCUGUUUUACUCCAUUGAUUUCCUUCCCACAACACAACAGGGUGAUUUAGAAUGCAAGGAAAACUCUGGGAAAUUAAAGUGUAGUAAUUUUACAGUAAAAUGACUUGUCCUAAAAUUCAACACAAGACAUACCUAAGUAGGGGAAAGAACAGACUGUUGAUUUGAUUGCAGUGAGUUGUAUUCAGAGAAAGUGAGAAUGUUUUUUAAAUGUAAUGUGUAGUUAUCAGCAAAAUUUUUGUAAGGUCCUUUUGUUAAACAGAUCAGAUACAAUAAUAUUUAUAUCUAAGGUAAUGAAAAGUAAUUCUUGGAAAAUUUUGCACUGAUUGGUACAUAUGAUCUGAAUUCUUGCACAUGGUUGGUUAAAUUUUCUUGAAUGGAAUAGGCCAUGUAUCAAUAAUGAAAAUAUCUGUACCAGCAUUUUUUACGUAAAAGACAUUUUGUAUUCUUAUUUAAAUGCCAUUUCCAACAUAAGUCGUCUUAUGCUAAUGCCAACAUCACUGUAUCGGUUAUCAGUGUGAUGAUUACAAAUUUUUGCUUUCUGCAGUAUUAUAGUCAGAAAUAAAUCUUCUACGUAUUUUUUCCAUUUUCUUUAUAGUGAUAGAUGUCCCUGAACUUUACUGGAAUGCCAAACCUCCAGAACUUAAGAUCUAGCCAGGUAAGCUGGUAAAAAAUGCUCCAAAGCUAAAUAAAUGUUUUGAACAAUGACUCUUGACAUAAAAAAAGAUUUGUUCAAUUGA